CUUUGACCCGGCAGUAAAGUCCGCGCAGGCGCCGGCGCCAUGCAGGUCUCCAGCCUCAACGAGGUGAAGAUCUACAGCCUGAGCGCAGGCCGCAGCCUGCCCGAGUGGCUUUCUGAUAGGAAGAAGAGAGCGCUCCAAAAGAAAGAUGUCGAUCUUCGAAGAAGAAUUGAACUUAUUCAGGACUUUGACAUGCCUACAGUUAGCACAAAAAUUAAAGUGUCAAGGGAUGGACAGUAUAUCAUGGCAGCUGGAACAUAUAAGCCAAGAAUCCGGUGUUACGAUACCUAUCAGUUAUCCCUGAAAUUUGAAAGAUGCUUAGAUUCUGAAGUGGUUACAUUUGAUAUUUUAUCAGAGGAUUACUCAAAGAUUGUGUUCUUGCAGUGUGACAGAUAUGUGGAGUUUCAUUCUCAGCAUGGCCAUUAUUACAGGACAAGAAUACCAAAGUUUGGUAGAGAUUUCUCUUAUCACUACCCAUCCUGUGACCUGUAUUUUGUUGGAGCAAGUUCUGAAGUAUACAGGUUAAAUCUGGAACAAGGAAGAUUUUUAAAUUCACUUCAAACAGAUGCUUCAGAGAAUAAUGUCUGUGACAUAAAUCCUGUACACUGUUUGUUUGCAACUGGGGCAGCUGAGGGGAAAGUAGAAUGCUGGGACCCUAGAACAAGACAUCGAGUUGGGGUGCUGGAUUGUGCAUUAAGCAGUGUGACAGCAGAUACAGAGAUAAAUGAUUUACCAUCCAUUUCAGCAUUGAAGUUUAAUGGAGCUUUGAAUAUGGCUGUUGGAACAUCCACUGGGCAGGUUUUGCUGUACGAUCUCCGAUCCAGUAACCCAUUAAUAGUCAAAGAUCACCAGUAUGGCCUGCCUGUUAAAUCAAUCCAGUUUCAGGAUCACUUAGAUUUAAUUAUAUCUGCGGAUUCACGCAUCAUAAAAAUGUGGAACAGAGACACGGGAAAAAUAUUUACUUCAAUGGAGCCAGAACAUGAUAUCAAUGAUGUCUGUCUUUAUCCUAAUUCAGGAAUGCUCCUGACUGCCAAUGAAGCCCCUAAAAUGAACAUCUAUUACAUUCCAGUUUUGGGACCUGCCCCAAGAUGGUGCUCGUUUUUGGAUAACUUGACAGAAGAAUUGGAGGAGAAUCCAGAGAGCACAGUAUAUGAUGAUUAUAAAUUUGUUACCAGAAAAGAUCUUGAAAAUUUAGGCCUUGCUCAUCUCAUUGGAUCACCCAUGCUCAGAGCAUAUAUGCAUGGCUUUUUUAUGGAUAUAAGAUUGUAUCAUAAGGUGAAAAUGAUGGUCAACCCAUUUGCUUAUGAGGAAUAUCGAAAAGAGAAAAUCAGGCAAAAGAUAGAAGAAACACGUGCACAGAGAGUUCAGCUCAAGAAACUUCCAAAGGUUAACAAAGAGCUGGCACUCAAGCUGAUUGAGGAAGAGGAGGAGCAGCAGGAGGCUUCUAGAAAAAGGAAGCAAAAGAACCUGCCUAAUAUUCUGAAAGAUGACCGCUUUCAAGUCAUGUUUGAGAACCCAGAUUUCCAGGUGGAUGAGAAGAGUGAAGAAUUUAGGCUGCUUAAUCCACUUGUUUCUAAAAUAAGUGAAAAAAGAAAGAAGAAACUAAAAAUUCUAGAGCAACAAGAAGCACAAGAACAGGAAGAGGAGGAAGAACCAGAAGGAAAACCAAGUGAUGCAGAAAGUUCUGAGAGUUCAGAUGAUGAAAAAGGUUGGGUUGAAGAGGUCAGGAAACAACGCAAACUUUUACGCCAAGAGGAAAAAGUUAAACGGCAGGAAAGGUUCAAGGAGGAUCAGCAAACAUCACUGAAACCCCAGUUUUUUGAGAUUAAAGCAGGGGAGGAAUUCAGAAGCUUCAAGGAUUCUGCCAAAAAACAAAAGCUAAUAAAAAAAACUCUUGAAGAUCGCUUGAAACUUGAAGAGAAGCUUGGCACCCUCAGUGUGUCUGACACCACGGUAGGCAGCAAGCAGGUGACCUUCAGAUUAAAAAAGUCAGAGCAGCAGAAGAAACAGCAGGAAGCUGAGAAGCAGCAUCAUCAGGAGAGGAAAAACCUCAGACGGUCUGCUGGCCAUCUUAAGAAUAAACGUGGCAGAGGACGGCCAUUUUAGUGACUUCUUAAAGAAGCUGCCUUAUUUUCACUUGUCACCUGCAAAGUGGGACUUUGUGGCACAGGCUUUUUCCUUUUUACAUCUAAAUUAUGGAUACAAGAAAACUAGAAUUUGUUAAACCCUUUGUAAAGUAAUGAAAUGUUUACAAAAUAUUAGUGGAUAUUUAUGAAAAGACACUAAGGACAGGUUUUUUUAAUGACCUUGGAGUCUUAUUUCAAUUGGUACAUGAAGUACCAUGACUGGUUAUUGUGUAACCCUGGAUACGAUUCACAUGAAAAUUGGUUGAUAAAAACAGAACUCUU